CCGACUUCAGAAGGACAGCUUCAAAGGGGAGUGAAAGAGUAUGAGAGGGUUUUCCUCUGUAGCUUCAAGGGCUUCUUCACCUGCUUUCACCAAUCUCUCUAAACAAAACCAAAAUUCCCUCACACCCAUUACUCCAAAACCCUCAAAUCUUCAUUCUGUUGCCACCACUAGCAACCCCAUUACUCAACAAAGUUCACCCAGUAAGCCGAAGCCUUCAUUCAAUUGGAAUUCCAACACUUCCAUAGCAGCUAAAAAGGUAAACUUUCGAGCAAGUGUUAUUGAUCAUAAGUAUUUUUCCCAAAUUCUUGCAAGAAAAGACUGGUAUUUAUUGCUAAACCACGAGUAUAAAGCCAAGAGGGUUACUUUGAAUCACCAAGAAGUUGUUAGUAUUUUGCAAAAUCAAGAAAACGCAUUACACCCCUUUAGAUUUUAUAUCUGGGUUUUGAAGAUUUGUCCCUCUUUUGCGAAGAAUCAAUCAGUUAAGGUGGUUUUAAGUAAUGUACUUUAUAGGAAAGGUCCCCUUUUGUUGUCAGCUGAGCUUGUUCAAGAUAUCAGAAACUCUGGAAAUGUAGUUACUGUGGACUUGCUUUGUGUUCUAAUUGGUAGUUGGGGAAGAUUAGGGUUGGGGAAGUACUGUACUGACAUUUUAGAGCAGGUUUCUUAUUUGGGGCUCGCUCCGAAUACUAGGUUGUAUAAUGCGGUAAUCGAUGCGUUGAUCAAGUGCAAUUCACUUGACUUAGCCUAUUUAAAGUUUCAGCAAAUGCAGGUAGAUAACUGUAAACCAGAUAAGUUUACAUAUAAUAUUCUCAUUCAUGGAGUUUGUAAGGCUGGGGUUGUGGAGGAGGCGCUUCGUCUGGUGAAACAGAUGGAAGGAGUGGGAUACUCUCCCAAUGUGUUUACUUACACAAUUUUGGUUGAGGGGUUUUGUAAUGCUAAAAGGGUGGACGAGGCAUUUGAGCUCUUCGGGGUAAUGAAGAGUAGGGGUAUUGUACCAAAUGAAGCUACUGUAAGAUCAUUGGUUAAUGGGGUAUUUCGCUGUGUGGCACCAGAUAAGGGCUUUGAAUUGUUAUCUAGAUGGUUAGAGAAAGAACAUGUCUUGCCUAAUGUAGCUUGUUCUUCCAUGCUACAUUGCCUUAGUACUAAUUUUUUGCCCAGAGAAGCAGCUCAACUUUUAAGAAUAUCAAUUGAUAGAGGUUACUUACUGGAUAACUCAACUCUUAACAUUGCACUGACUUGUUUAAUCAAAGGAUUGGAGCUUGAUGAUACUUGUCAGAUAUUAGACUUCAUCACUGUUCGAGGGGUGAAGGUUAGUGUUGAUAUUUAUCUUGCACUUGCUGAUGCUCUUUAUAAAGGAGGGAGAGUUGAACAGGGGAACAAAUAUAUGGACCAGGUGUUUAAGGAUGGUCUUGUAUCUAACACAUUCUUCUAUAACCGGGUCAUUGAUUGCUUUUGCAAAAUCAAAAUGAUGGACAAAGCAUCAGAUGCUUUCAAAGAUAUGCUUCAGAGAGGUGUCACUCCCAAUAUUGUAACUUUUAACACUCUUAUUAGUGGAUAUUCCAAGGUAGGGGAGGUUAACAAGGUACAUGAGCUACUAGUCAUACUACUGGAACAUGGUUUUCGACCAGACAUUUUCACGUUUAGUUCAAUGAUUGAUUGCCUUUGUAGAGUAAAUCGCAUUGACGAUGCUUUAGACUGUCUCACAGAGAUGGUUGAAUGGGGAGUUGCUCCAAACGCCGUACCAUACAAUAUCUUAAUUCGUGCACUUUGUGUCCUCGGGGAUGUUGGUAGAUCACUGAAAUUAUUACGAAAAAUGCAAGGUGAUGGAAUAAAGGCAGAUGUUUUCUCCUUCAAUGCCUUAAUUCAAAGUUUUUGUAAGAUGAAUAAGAUUGAUGAGGCUCAAAGACUUCUGAUAAGCAUGUUGACCCUGGAUUUGAUCCCUGAUAAUCAUACUUAUGGUGCUUUUAUCAGAGCCUUAUGUAACUUGGGGAGAUUUGAUGAAGCUAAGAACUUGUUUUUUUCAAUGGAAGCAAAUGGAUGCGUCCCCGAUGUUUUGACAUGUAAACUAUAUCUUGAUUCACUUAUUCAAUCAGGCCAUACUAAAGAAGCUCAGGAUGUUUUAAAGGAGUGCGGGAAAAGGGGAAUGCUAUUGGAAUCCAUCACUCCUUCGUAGUAUCUUUGAUUUAGGAGUGAUUGUCACUUAAUGCUCACA